AGCCCCCACCACGGCAACCCAUGGGUCCUGGUCUGCUUGAAUCUCAGCUUCAAUUUCACCACCCCUGGAAGACGCCCUCAGAUGUUUUGCUUUUCUUUCUCUCUUUCGACAUCUACGCAGGCCACUCGAUGCUAUCUUGGAUCGUCUGCUUCUCAUUCCCAUUGCUUGGAUCGUCAAGUGAAAUUUGGGAUUCUUGGGAAUACUGCAUGACACCAUCACGUCGACAUAGUCAAGGGGCAAAACAUCAGUGAACUGUAUCCACCACCCCCAGUGAUACGAGCCUCGACCAUUGCUUGAGACACAACUCAGGGCUCUCAGGGUGGAAACCCCAUAUUCAACAUGCUCUUCCCCACGAUACUAGUCGUCGCCUGUGCUUCGCAGAGCAUAGCACGGAGCAUACCUCAUCAAAUAUGGGCGCGGGGUUCAGCCGAAAAUGUAAUAUUGACAGAUUGCACCAACCCAUCGAAUUCGAGUGAUAAAUCAUCAGAAGUGACAUAUUACACUGGCAACCCAGACGACACACCGGAUGACAUCUCAACCGUGACUACCGGACAGUACUGGGACUGGGCCAACAAGACGACAACAGGGUAUUUCAGCGAUACGGGUACCAAGUUUGUCGCUGUACUUAAUCCGAAAGGCCAGGCGGGAGAUUAUGCGGGAACCGGAGACAACGGUUAUGGGAAUUUCACGUGUUGGCAGACGGACUCGAUACUCGUGUAUACCCAUAACAACAGAGACUGCUACGUACAGUAUGACUGCAACCACUCAGGGACCCCUGCUACAAUAACAGCAGCAUCAUCAAGCGCAUCCGCCACUUCCGCGUCAUCAGCGUCAGCAUCGGCGGCCUCUUCAAGCAGCUCUCACUUGUCCGUAGGCGCGAUAGUAGGUCUCAGCAUCGGAGUCGCAGCCGGCGCAGUGAUACUCGCCGGCUUAGCCGCUUUCUUCCUGUGGCGCCACUACCAGUCGAAGAAGACGACAGCCGCAGCCGCCGGCUCCUCGGAAAAGGGACCGGAGAUCGUGGCACCGCCCGUACCGCCAAAGAGCCCUUCACCUGCGCAUGCGAAUGUGAUAUGGCAGGGGCCGGGGGUGAGGGAAAUGGAAACGCCGACUGUAUACCACGAGCUACAUAACCAAGAUUGCCCGACCGAGAUCCACGGCGAGGCUCUCAGAGGGGAGUUGGACGGAACGCCUGGGGCGUCAGAGUUGCAUAACCACGAUUUGCCGCCCCGAUACGAUUACGAAGCUGCGCCGCCGCAGCCGGAGCCGGUGAACCCCGGGGCUUACGGAGCUUUCAAGGGUCCUAUCUGAUGAUGUCGAAUGUGAGAUUGGGGACGAAACUAGUGUCUACGGAAUGGUAUCUCUGUUCAGCCACAUCUGAAACUCGCCGCGGGUGAUCGACGCCCGCAUUGAAGCGAUGGCACACCGGCCUAAUACGAGUCUCGAGACUCACUAAGCUCAACCGCGAAUAGGAGCUCGCCAUCGACCAAGGCUUAAUGGUGUUAAAAAUUGCGGGAGGACAAUAGAGGAUAUUGCCACGAAGCAAAUCUUGAGUGGAAGCGCUCUAGAUCUCCGUAUUGGCAAAGCUUAGUUGGUUCUAUCGAAGGAUAAUUAUAAUUAAGUAUGACGGAUGUGCGGAAAUGUACGAAACUCUAGGUCAGCGAUUGGCCACGAUUGAAAGCCGUGUUUGGAUACAUUAGGUUCAUGGAAUUUUCGCGAUUCAAAUGAGUCGGUGAUAGUGAUGAUCACUACGGGAUAUGAAUUUGACGAGAAGUAGUAUUAGGUAGGACAUCUCAUGGUCUCCUUCCAUUACUAAGGCAGAACGCCCUCUAUAGUUCUUCAAUGCAACUAAGUCUACUCUCUCAG